AUGUCUUACAAAGCAGGUGUCGGAAGGCGGCGCAGUAUUGGUGGUAAGCGCUGGGUGGGGGCGGCGGCGGGGGCGGGGGCUGGAGCGGCGGCAGUUGCAGAGUCACGGCACGUCGCGCUGGCCGGUUGCCGACCCCACCGCAGCCGGGCUGACCGCGGCGGAGGCGUCGGGGCGAGGCGAGGCCGGCCUGUGCCAGGUAGGCCAGCGGAGGCGGCGGAGGCGGCGUCCCCCAGCCCAGCCCAGAGCGGACGCCACGUCACGGCGACGCCGUCCCGGCCGGGCGGCCGCAACCGCGUCGCGACGCGCCGCGUGUUCCCGCCGGCGACGGCGGUGGCGGCGGCAGGGGGCGAGAGCGGCGGCGUCCCGACGCCGCCGCUGAUUAAAAAUGCGCUGCCCCCUCCUCCACCCCCCCGGCCUGCCUGUCCGACUGGCAAGUGCCGAAAACAGCGGGCGGCGCGCCUGCCGCGGAUAUUGCUGCCGCCGGCGCCUCGUCUCGCGCGCGCUGUCUGCACGUGGCAGGCACGUGGAAUUAUGGACCGCUGUCACCGGUAG